AUGCCGGGCCGGUUAAUUACGGUGCGCUUCGGCGGCGGCCAUUGGCUGAUUGCGCCCAUUACGCUGCCAUCUCCAAUUACAACGUGCCCCGUAGCGCGGCCGCGGGACGUGAUCGACUUACCGAGCGCGCUGGCCGAUAGCGCGCAGCGGGCAGCGGGCCCUUCCACUGGCGAGGCGCGGCCGGCUCAGAGCCAUGCCGUGGCGGCCCCACAGCCACCUGCUUACUACCUGCUGGUGCCUGCUACCUGCCCCGCUGACGGCUCUAUCGCGGGCCGCGGCGUGACGCUGCGGUCGCACGACUGCACGCGGCCGCCGCUCGUGACCGUAUCGCGAAUUGCGGCCGAGUUGCCGCAGCCCCGACAUCGCUGGGAUCCCGAGCCUGCGCCGUCCCCGCCUUCGUCCUCGGAGGGCAGCCGCGAGUCGUCGACGCCCGCGGCCGGCGCCACCCCCGCCAGCCACUGCGACGGGGACUCGGACCACGGAGGCGGCUGCGGCGCGGUGCCCGCCCCCGCACUGGCGCCCGCCCCCGCAGGCGGAGGUGGAGGCGCGCCCUCGGACCACGACGACCUGGACGAGGCGGAUGCCGAGGCGGAGGCGCCGCGGCGCAAGCAGCGCCGCUACCGCACCACCUUCACCUCGUUCCAGUUGGAGGAGCUGGAGAAGGCCUUCGCCAGGACGCACUACCCGGACGUCUUCACCAGGGAGGAGCUUGCGAUGAAGAUAGGCCUGACAGAAGCACGUAUACAGGUGUGGUUCCAGAACCGGCGCGCCAAGUGGCGCAAGCAGGAGAAGGUGGGCCCGCAGGCGCACCCCUACUCGCCGCUGCAGGCCUACGGCGCGCCGCCCGCCGCCGCCGCCGUGGCGCCGUCGCUGCCGCACCCCUUCUCGCACCUGGCGUCGCUGGCGGCGCUGCGCGGCAAGCCCUUCCUGGCGGCCGACGCGCCGCCCCUCGGCCUGGACGUGCGCAGCUCCAGCAUCGCGGCGCUGCGCCUCAAGGCCCGCGAGCACGAGCUGCGCCUCGAGAUGCUGCGCAACGACGGCGACGUCGCCAGCUGA